AUGGUAAGUUGGUGGGUUUUCUAUAUCUAAAUUGAAACCAGGCCAAAAGAACAAAGAAGGUUGGGAUCGUCGGAAAGUACGGCACCCGUUAUGGUGCAUCCCUCAGGAAAACGGUUAAGAAAAUUGAAAUCAGCCAGCACGCCACGUACACCUGCAACUUUUGUGGAAAGGUUUACUGAAAUUGUUUACGAUAACUCCUUUAAGGAAGCGCUAAGGCGUCAGGCUGCCGGCAUCUGGAGCUGUAAGGGCUGCCGUAAGGUGGUCGCAGGUGGCGCCUACGUCUGCAGUACGACUGCUGCCGCAACCACCCGUGCUGCCAUCCGAAGAAUGCGGGAGACCCAGAAAUGA